CGCCGGUUACAUUUCGAGUUCUUUUACUGUGAUUUAAUCAGUCAACCGGAAAAAAAAACCCCGAUUCCCCUCCAGCGACUACCACUGCAGCCCCCUCCGGCAAUUGUGUUACCUCUGUGCUUCGUAAUUCCAUUCUCCAGGCAAUCAAUCUGUGGAAUGAUCUUGUUUUGCAUUGGCCAAUGACUAUGUGAGGUGUUCUUUUAUAGCUGACGCUUAAGUUUGGCGUAUACCCUGUUUGGUCGAGUUUGUUUUUUUUUUUUUUUUUUAACAAUCUUUAAGUAAGAAAAUGGACUCCAGUGCAACUCCUGGACCAGAUGAUCCCUUAAUACUCAAAGAGCAAGAUAAUCACAUAUCGUCAGACAUUUGGGAUGGAAAGGAAAGGGGUGUGCUUAGAUGUUUAGAGCAUACUUCCAUUCUCGAGAGAUGGAAGCUUACAGGAAAACAAAUCGAGCUAGUUGAAAAGGCUGGAUUUGGGUACUUGAGAUUGAUGCCAGCAGUAACCCUCGACUGUGCGCUCAUCUCAGCAUUGGUGGAGAGAUGGAGAAAGGAAACAAAUACGUUCCAUUUUUCGGUCGGAGAAAUGACCAUAACACUUGAAGAUGUUGCGCUUCUACUUGGGCUAUCAAUCGACGGAAAACCUGUUACAGAUGUGGAUGUCGAUCCCAAGUCACUUUGUGAAAAUUUACUUGGGAAAGCGCCCAUAGAUUUCAAAGGUGCUGUGAAGCUUACUUGGUUGAAGGAGGUUUUCUCUGAAUGUCCCGAAGAUGCGGGUAUCGAACAAAUAGAGUAUUCUACUCGUGCAUACCUCUUAUACUUGUUAGGGAGUACGAUAUUUGCCUCAACAAGUGGGAACAAAGUUAGUGUCAUGUACCUUUCAUUAUUCAAGGAUUUUGAUGAAGCUGGAAAGUAUGCUUGGGGUGCUGCUGCUUUGGCUUUCUUGUAUAGAGCAUUAGGCAAUGCUUCUCUUAAAUCACAGCGCACUAUUAGUGGUUCUCUAACGCUUCUGCAGUGUUGGAGUUAUUAUCACUUGAAUAUUGGGCGACCCAAAUUGAAAAAGGAGCCAGAGAAUUGUUUCCCGUUUCUUCUUAAAUGGACGGAAAAUAGAAGUGGCUCAAGAAUGGGAAUAAAUUUGCCCACAUACCGCAAGGCCUUGGAUUCUCUUCAACCCUCUGAUGUACAAUGGCUUCCCUACAAGGAUAUGGACUUUUCUGUUGUACCCGACGAUAUCAAGAAUAGUUUGGUCUUGUCUGCAUCACGAACAAUGUUGAUUUGUUUUGAUAAGGCGGAGAAACAUCUUCCCGACCGAUGUCUGAGACAGUUUGGCCUGCCUCAGCCUAUUCCGAAGGACGUUGAGGAUUGGAAGCGAAAAAUUUGUUUAAUGGAUAGCAAGGAGGAACUGCCAUCAGAGCUUAAAGAAUGGUCGGACCGUUAUGAACUUAUCGAAAAUGGUGUUGCUAGUGUAGAUGAAAGUGAGUAUUUGCAAUGGUAUGAAAAGAUUACCCGCAAGUUUGUGGGACGGGCCGAGUCGUGGGAGUCUAGAUUUAGGCAAACAAUCAAGGCUAUGCAUGAGGUAGUGAAGAUUGUAAACUCGAUCUCCACGAAUGGGAUGGAUCGUGAGGAUCGUAAGUUGUUUAGUAAUGUGAAAACUAUGGUGCAUAAAUGUUGGAUCGAGAAGUAUGCCGAUUCGCCUAGCGAAGGGGAUAGUACAAAACGAACCGGGAAACGCAGGAGGGAAGGUUAGCCAAAGUUCUGUUGUUCUUUCAAAUGUUGUAGAUCCACAAAAUGGCAGUGUUUGAGGAAUUUCAAAUUUCACACUUCUUGGGUUCUCUUUGAUGUUGAUAAAAUCGGAAUAUGGUGGCUGCAAGAUCUUGGGAGCUGGGAUUCAGUGGACUUCAUACAUGUUUGUUUGAUGCAAAGUUUCAGGAGUUCUCAGCAGCAAUGUGUGUAAUUUUUCCUUCGUUAUAUGGCAGAGUGAAUAUUCCAAGCAACACUGUAUCAUUCAAAGCUACUCAUUGGCUCACUUUCCGUUUCAAUAAAAACCCUUGUUAUAUUUUUCUAUUUUUGUUGGUUGCCCGUCAUUAUCAUUAGAGAUUGCCACGGGCGAGCCUGCCUAUUUCAUUAUUUCUGUAGCCAUGCACCGAGAAGUUUUCUCCUCUUUCAUCUAUGCUACCUAUUUCAUUAUUUGUG